CUAUACAACAACACAUCAUUGCGGGCCUGGCAAUCAAAUCGAAGUCACGACAACCAGUUAUAUUGUAUGUAGUUAGGAAUAUUGUUACCAAUAUGCGAUGCGUCAUCUUAAUAACUCUCUUUUUUGGUGUCAUUUACGCCUUUCCCAAUUACUAUCAGCAAGUACAACUAGCAAAUAAUGCGUUUCAAAACAUGGAUAAUAUCGGGGAGAAGAGAGAAGACAGAUUCGACAAGUUAAUUGAUAAUUUACAAUCUAUGUACGGAAAAUUGCAGUCGUUUCAUGAAGAAGGAAAAGUGUCUGACCCUAAGAUAAGAAAUGUUGAAUUGCUGCCACCGAAUUACACAAAUACAACUUCGGAAAUUGUGAAAAUGGGCGGUAUGCUGAUGCAGAAAAAUACAACAGUUGUUAAGUUGACGGUAAACAACAGUGCUGGUCUGGCUGUCUUCACGACAACGAAUCUAUUAGGAAGUGACAGCAAAGCGAAAGAGUCGGAUAUUGAUAGCAGACUGGAAUUCGAUGAGUUUAUUCAGGAAGAAGAAGACGACACUUCGAGUUCAAUGGAUGAAUUUAUGUCUUCAUCAUCUGAGUGGAUGGACGAAAAGGCUGACUGUGUGGAUGACAACGAUUGUGCUGAUAACGAAUUCUGUGACAACAUGGGUUUCUGGUUUUGGCCCAAUGAGUGUGCAGGAUGCAUGGGUGAAGACGAGAUAUGUAACAGAGACGCAGAGUGCUGCCCCGGAAGUCUGUGCGUCUUCGGUCGUUGCCAUGCCGACAUUAUCCCCGGAGACUCUGGCACAUUCUGUGAUGAGGACCGUGACUGUUUAGAUAAUAUGUGCUGUGCUUACGAACCAGGUCUACAGACAACAGUUUGCAAGGCAAGGGGAGAACAAGGAAUGACUUGUAGUCGUGGACGAGAAUCUUUUUUCACGAAUAUCAUCAAUACACCUCCCAGUGAAUGUCCCUGCGUUGCUGGGUUAGAAUGCCAGCCCUUAUCGAGUGCCUUUUUCAGUGACACUGUGUGCAAGAGGGUGACUGUCACAGAUACAUCCAACCACAAUGAGGGGCAUGAUACCACCAUCAAUGACGUCACUAUGCAGAAUCCACAAGUAAACGCAUACAUAUCGGUUCAAGAAAAAGAAAACACCGAAGAAGAGCAAGAUGAUGAUUUUGAAAACACUGAAGACCUUUCUAGUGAAGAAGAAGAAGAUUAUGAUCCAGAUAAUGGCGACAAUGAUGCAGGCGAAUCGAUGGCAAGUAGCUGGGACUCGGAGAGCAGUUGGGCUGAUGAUGAAGAUGGCGAUGUUGACAGUUACUUAACUGACAUUCAAACUAAUCCUAUAGAUGAUGAUGAUGAUGGGAAACAUCUUGAAGAAGAACUAGCAAGCUUAAAGCAAAUGCAGAAGGAUAUUUUUGAGACAUACAAGGACUCUAGUGAAAGCUCAGUAAAUAAGGUUGAGGAUGUAACGUCAAAUGUGCAGUUUAACACAGCUAUUCAAGAUCAUUACCAACAGAAUAUUGUGACUUCUGGUGAAAUUCGUGAAAAUCCAUCUUUAUACAACCCUUCUAUAGACAAUGCACCAAAUGUUAUGGAAUUCAACGAAAUUCGGUAUGAAAAUCAGCCCGCCUCUGACCAACAAAAUGUUCCAAUUAUUGACCCGCUUAAGGAUAAUUCCUAUGAAAAUCUCCAAGAAGCUAUCCCACCUGCAGGUCAAACAUAUGAAAGUCAACCCGUCCCUUACCAACAUAAUGUUCCAAUUAUUGACAAGCUUAAAGAUAAUUCCUAUGAAAGUAUCCAAGAAGCUAUCCCACCUGCAGGUCAAACAUAUGAAAGUCAACCCGUCCCUUACCAACAAAAUGUUCCAAUUAUUGACCCGCAUAAAGAUAAUUCCUAUGAAAGUAUCCAAGAAGCAAUCCCACCUGCAGGUCAAACAUAUGAAAGUCAACCUGUCCCUUACCAACAAAAUGUUCCAAUUAUUGACCCGCAUAAAGAUAAUUCCUAUGAAAGUAUCCAAGAAGCUAUCCCACCUGCAGGUCAAACAUAUGAAAGUCAACCCAUCCCUUACCAACAAAAUGUUCCAAUUAUUGACCCACUUAAGGAUAAUUCCUAUGAAAAUCUCCAAGAAGCUAUCCCACCUGCAAGUCAAACAUAUGAAAGUCAACCCAUCCCUUACCAACAAAAUGUUCCAAUUAUUGACCCACUUAAGGAUAAUUCCUAUGAAAAUCUCCAAGAAGCUAUCCCACCUGCAAGUCAAACAUAUGAAAGUCAACCCGUCCCUUACCAACAAAAUGUUCCAAUUAUUGACCCACUUAAGGAUAAUUCCUAUGAAAAUCUCCAAGAAGCUAUCCCACCUGCAAGUCAAACAUAUGAAAGUCAACCCGUCACUUACCAACAAAAUGUUCCAAUUAUUGAUCCACUUAAGGCUAAUUCCUAUGAAAAUCUCCAAGAAGCUAUUCCACCUGCAAGUCAAACAUAUGGAAGUCAACCCAUCCCUUACCAACAAAAUGUUCCAAUUAUUGACACGCUUAAAGAUAAUUCCUAUGAAAGUAUCCAAGAAGCUAUCCCACCUGUAAGUCAACCCAUCCCUUACCAACAAAAUGUUCCAAUUAUUGACACGCUUAAAGAUAAUUCCUAUGAAAGUAUCCAAGAAAACUUUAAACCUGUGAGUAACAUUGAACUAGAAUCUUACCAAAACGAUGUAGGUACGAUAAGCGAAAGCCAGUUUGAAAGCUCACACGAAACGAUUACAAAUUAUGGCCAAGCUAAUGAAGUUCCCAUUGAUCAAUAUCAAACAAAUAUUGGCACGCAGAAUGAGGACCAGUUUGGACAAAAUGUAGAAAUUGCACCUGUUCCUUACCAACAGAGUGUUCCUGGAAUGAUUGAUACAUUAAAUGAAAACAAUGUAGGCUAUCAAGAUAACAUCGGCACUCCUGUUCGCAUUAAUGACAUGCCAUCUGCCUCAUACCAACAAAAUGUCCCUGUUGAUGACACACAAAAUGAAUAUCACUCCGAAAUUCCUGAAAAUUUAGAAAUUGUACCACAAAAUAAUGACCAUGCUCAACGUCCAACAGGCGAUGAACAAUACACUGAACUCAACGAAUUUGGGUCUAAUUCAAACCCAUAUAACCCGGAUGAAUCGAUUCACGGAGAGAAUGCAGGGAUGAGCGAAUAUAAAGUAGGAGAAAUCAACGUAAACAAACUUUUGGAAGAAGUGGAUACACUAGAAACCGAAAAGAUCAAUGAUGAUGAGAUGCGAUUGCCUGCUUCUACAGGCAUUGAGACGGAAUUAUUUGGAGAAAAUAAAGAAUAUGGUUACCAUGACAUCCAGAAAAUUGAUGUGGACAAGACUGAUGACGAUACAUUCAUAUUUCAAGGUCCAUAUAGAAAAACUGAUGGUGACAUCCCAAACCAACAAAGCCCUGAUAUGUUAUUCAUGUAAACCAGAAUCACAAAUUUGAUUAUUCGGUUCUCACAAACCUCUCGAUACUGUUAUUAAUGUAUAUACACAAUAAUGCAUCAUAAUUUUACAAUAUGUAGGAUUUUGUAAAUGGCAUAUUGAUCGAUCUCUGAGUAUAUAUUUUAAUAUGGUGUAAUGAAAUCUGACUUCAUUGUAUUAUCAUGACCAUUUAGCCAAGGUUAAAGGUUACGGUGGAAUAUUUUAAUCAUAAGUAAAUGAUAUAACUGUUUUAACUUGAAGGGAAAAAUGCAUACAUUCAGUGGGCGCUAUACAAUUUAUUUUCGCUGCAUUGUUUACAAAUUACAUCUCUGUCUUCUUCCAUUUAUAUGUUUUAUUUACAGGUUUUUUCUAUAAUAAACGUAUUUUAUUAACAAUUGAUCGCUGUAUUGUGAUAGUUGUGUGCAACAAUGUAGCGUUCAGCUUAUUUUCAAUGUAACUAUUUCGGAAAUAAAGUGUUGUCUUUGUUA